ACUUUAGACGUAGUUACCAGUAUCCCUUCUUGGUAUGGAAACCCCUGAAAAAUGCCGGAUUACCAAUUCUCGAUAGUAGUUCGAGCUCCGCUGACGAGAGAAUAGAAAGAAACAAAGUAGAGUUAGACGAACAAUCACCACCUAUUACCAACGAAGAAUUUGAGAAAGGAAUGUCCGAGCUAGAAAAAUACUUACAGCAUAUGUGUGAAGAAUUCGACACUGGCGACUUGAGACACCCUAAGGACGUUAAUGGAUGCUUCAAAAAAGCCC